AUGGCGAUCCAGCCCGUGCCCGCGCUGCUGCUGGUGGCCCUGCUCCUGUCUCCGCACAGCCGCAUGGAGCCCACAGAAACCGUGCCCACCCUGGCCCUGGCCCCGGCCUCAGCCCCGACCCGGCCCUGGCCCCUGGUCGGUAACUCGUCAGCAGGCCAGCCCCUGUCGGGCUUCGAGGUCAAGGCCGCAGCGCCCGCCCCGCACCCCGUGCCAGGCCCACUCGCCCUGCGGGGCCCGCUCAUCCCGCUCGCCCUGUGGCUGGUGCUCGGGCCAAGGACACUGCCUGGGCACAGGGACUACGACCAGGCCCGCUACAGACCUGGACCCACAGCGGUGACCAGCGGUGACCGGCAGCCCCCGGUGCAGGGCACAGGGGGACCACACGCACGCCACCAGCAAGCGGGCCCACGGCACGCGGUCCUCAAGCAGCGCAACGUGGACAAGAACAGCACGGGCGAGGGCAGAGGGAACAGCCCCGCCAAGGACACACCCUGGGAGCCGAAGGACCUCGUGACGCUGCCGGAGAUUCCUGGGCUGCAGCAGACGCAGCUACCAGCUUCCGCAGAGGCCGCCGCCAGGCCUCUUCCCAAGAGAAGAACCAUGCCCCUUGGCAGCCGGUCACAAUACAGCAGAAGACUGCGGGGCGGAGGGCCGGCUGACUCCAUCACUGCCAAGAGGCCAAGAGUGGGGAGCAAACGCAUGAUGCCGUACGGGGCCCGGGGCCGAGCCUGUCCUUCAGAGCCACCGCCUCCCAAAGCGUGGCACCCCCCCCCACCCCCGGGCCCCGGUGCCUCGGGAGGCGGAGACCCUGCUGGGAGCGAGCCGGCCGUGGGCGCCCAGAGGGUCGCAGAAGACGAUGCUGGCGAUGAGCUCGCCCUUGGCUCCAACCCGAGUGUCACUUCACUGAGUCAGUUCCCGUCAUGA